CUAACCAUGAUGAAGGUUCUCCUGUGUGUGUCUGCUCUCGUCCUCGUCAGCGUGAACGCAAAGGUGGGUGACGAGUGUUGGAACGAAAGCACGUGCGACCCUGGAGAAUGUUGUUUGAAGAACGAGGACUCUAUGAUCGUCAGCAAGAAGAGAUCUGACUUUGGACCCAUCUUGGGAGCAACGAAAGGGACGUGCCAAAACUAUCGGUUGGAAGGCGACAACUGCCAGAGAGAAGACAUUUGGGAUGAAGUAACAAUGUGUCCCUGUGAGACCGGCUUGAGGUGUGUCUCGAGGGAAGAGCCGAGAUUCGUUCCAGGUCAGUACACUGCAUCCCUUGGUGGUCUUAAAUCGAUAAGAGUAUGCUUCCACCACCACACGGGUAAAAUUCAGAAUUAAUUCCUACCAGACUAAAUUAGUUUAAAGUGUCAAGCGUUUUCAUAUGACCUUAUACAGUUGUGAGUGCUGUAAAACACCCAAACAAAAAGGUGAGCACAGUUGAAACUGUCAAAGACGUCCAUCCAUUGUCC